GGGAUUUAUGGUUGUUGCUUCCUUGCAAUUGCUAAAGUUUCAAUCUUUUUUCUUUUAUUUUUUCAUGUGGGUACUGUAUUAAUGACAUGAUCUGUUUUGAUUCUUCUUUAUGUGACCGUUAUUCUUGUUGUAUAUGUAUAAAGUUGUUUGCUUUGCAUGUUUUUUAGUUUCCAUAUUGCUGUAUACAAGUUUGUCGGGUUGUCGAUUUUGUUCCUUGAUACUUUAAUGCUGCUUGGAUGGCGUCCCUGUUUUGCUUUUAAUUUACUCGUGGUUCACAAUUUGUUAGGUCUGUCAUAAAAGCUGUCAAUUAAAACUCAGUAGAGUUGUAGUUGGAGACACCCCACAAAGUUAGGGUAAUGUCUGUGUACCUCAUACCCUCCUUCUCCGGACUUAUCCUGGGUAUGUUGUUGUUAUGGUAGUGUUUCUAGUUGGAACUUGUUUUUUUUUUUUUUUUACCUAUUAUUAUGUGAAUUUUCUGUUAUUUGGUCUUCAUGUUUGCUCUGUGUGUUAUUUGGUUAGGGCAAAGUCUAAUGAUAUAGUUUCUAGCUUCAGUGAUGUUAAUUUAGCUUUCCUUCUCUAUUAUUUUUGCUUAAAUUUUAUGGUUUUAGUUUUGCACACUAAUAAUACUACUCCCUCUGUCCAAUUUUAAAUGGAGCAAUUGGAAUUUUGAGAUUCAAACUUAUAAAAUUUCAGUGUGAUUUUUUUUAUAUGGCAAUUUCAGUGUGAAUUCAAAUAUAGAAGUUUUAAGUUUUUUGAAAAUGAAAUUUGUAUAUCUGAAAGCUACUCACAAGUACUAAAAUAAAUCACAAUAAUUAACAAUUUAAAAUAUUUAAUUGGCAUAUAAAGAAAUUCCGGUUAAAGAAAAACUUGUUUGACUCUCAAAAUUCCAAUUGUGCCACAUAAAUUGGGAUGGAUGGAGUAUAUUAGUACUUCUAAGCUCAAACUGUUAAUACUUGUAUCUCUUUUCAGGGAAUGAGAUUAUUGAACAUAAUUUCUGUGGAAUUUAAGUUAAGACUGAGGAUUUGAUUUGCGAUGGAAGAAAAACCAUUCCCUGCCUGGUCCUGGUCUGUUGAUCAGUGUCUGAAAGAGUACCAAGUAAAAUUAGAGAAGGGUCUAAGCACUUAUGAAGUAGACAAGAGGCGAGAAAGAUAUGGUUUGAAUGAACUUGAGAAAGAAAAGGGGAAGCCGUUGUGGAGGCUUGUUUUGGAGCAGUUUGAUGAUACGCUUGUCAAAAUCCUCCUUGGUGCAGCCUUCAUCUCAUUUGUUCUAGCUUAUGUGAAUCAGGAUGAGACUGGAGAGUCAGGGUUCGAGGCCUAUGUAGAACCCUUAGUAAUCCUCUGGAUCUUAGUACUCAAUGCAAUCGUCGGAGUUUGGCAAGAAAGCAAUGCUGAGAAAGCACUGGAAGCAUUAAAAGAGAUGCAAGGUGAGUCUGCAAAGGUACUCAGAGAUGGAUAUUUAGUACCGGAUUUUCCAGCAAAGGAGCUUGUUCCUGGGGAUAUUGUGGAACUGCGAGUUGGUGACAAAGUGCCAGCUGAUAUGAGAGUUGCCACUUUAAAAUCCUCAACCCUAAGGGUUGAACAAAGUUCUUUGACAGGGGAGUCGAUGCCAGUUACUAAAAGCACCGAUUUCCUUGCUACGGAUGAUUGUGAAUUGCAGGCCAAAGAGAACAUGGUUUUUGCUGGGACAACAGUUGUGAAUGGUAGCUGCAUCUGCAUUGUUGUGAACACGGGGAUGUGCACAGAAAUUGGUAAGAUUCAAAGACAAAUCCAUGAUGCGUCCAUGGAAGAAAGUGACACCCCUUUGAAGAAGAAGCUUGAUGAAUUUGGUAAUAGGCUUACAUUUGCCAUUGGCGUUGUUUGCUUAGUUGUGUGGGCAAUCAACUACAAAUAUUUUCUUUCCUGGGAGGUUGUGGAUGACUGGCCUUCUGAUUUCCGUUUCUCAUUUGAGAAAUGCGCAUAUUAUUUCAAGAUAGCUGUUGCUCUUGCGGUGGCUGCAAUUCCUGAAGGUCUCCCUUCUGUAAUCACUACUUGCUUAGCUCUUGGUACUAGGAAAAUGGCACAAAAAAACGCGAUAGUGAGGAAACUACAAAGCGUGGAAACCUUAGGAUGCACAACUGUGAUAUGUUCAGAUAAAACAGGAACCUUGACUACCAAUCAGAUGUCUGUGUCAGAAUUCUUCACAUUGGGAAGGAAAACUACAGCCUGUCGAGUUUUUGGCGUUGAAGGGACAACUUAUGAUCCUAAGGAUGGGGGAAUAAUGAACUGGAAUUGUUGCAAAAUGGAUGCUAACUUGCUACUUAUGGCUGAAAUAUGUGCAAUCUGCAAUGAUGCUGGGGUCUUCUGUGAUGGUCGUCUGUUCAAAGCAACUGGACUGCCUACUGAGGCAGCUCUUAAAGUUUUGGUGGAAAAGAUGGGAGUACCAGAUAGCAAAGCAAGGUGCAAGAUCCGCGACGCUCAGAUUGUAUCGAGCUAUUUGAUUGAUCGCAACACAGUUAAAUUAGGAUGCUGUGAUUGGUGGAUGAAAAGAUCAAAAAGGGUUGCAACAUUGGAAUUUGAUCGUGUUCGGAAAUCCAUGGGUGUUAUUGUGCGGGAGCCAAAUGGGAGCAAUCGACUUCUUGUCAAGGGUGCUUUUGAGAGUUUGCUAGAACGUAGUACAUAUGUUCAACUUGCCGAUGGAUCAACUGUUCCGCUUGACGAGUCUUGUAGACAACUAUUGUUGUUGAAGCAAUUGGAGAUGAGCUCAAAGGGUCUGCGGUGCUUGGGCUUGGCAUAUAAAGAUGACUUAGGUGAGCUUUCUGGAUACUAUGCUGCGACUCAUCCUGCCCACAAGAAGCUGCUUGAUCCAUCCUGCUACUCCUCCAUAGAAAGUGAUCUAGUUUUUGUGGGAGUUGUUGGUCUAAGGGACCCCCCACGUGAGGAAGUUCACAGGGCAGUAAAUGACUGCAGAAGAGCUGGGAUCAAAAUCAUGGUUAUAACUGGAGACAAUAAAUCCACAGCUGAGGCCGUUUGCAGGGAAAUUCAGUUGUUUUCUAAUGGUGAGAAUCUUAGGGGAAGUAGUUUUACUGGCAAAGAAUUCAUGGCAUUUUCCUCUCAGCAACAAAUUGAGAUAUUGUCACAAGAUGGAGGCAAGGUCUUUUCUCGUGCUGAACCCAGGCACAAACAAGAAAUUGUAAGGAUGCUGAAGGAGAUGGGUGAAAUAGUUGCAAUGACUGGAGAUGGUGUCAAUGAUGCACCUGCACUAAAACUUGCUGACAUUGGAAUAGCCAUGGGUAUUACAGGAACUGAGGUUGCAAAAGAAGCUUCUGAUAUGGUUCUGGCGGAUGACAAUUUCAGUACUAUAGUCUCUGCUGUUGCAGAGGGACGUUCGAUCUACAAUAACAUGAAGGCCUUCAUCAGAUAUAUGAUAUCAUCUAACGUCGGUGAAGUCAUCUCCAUUUUCUUGACUGCUGUUUUGGGCAUACCAGAAUGUUUGAUACCUGUGCAGUUGCUCUGGGUAAAUUUGGUAACAGAUGGCCCACCUGCUACAGCUCUCGGAUUUAACCCUGCUGAUGUUGACAUAAUGCAGAAACCACCUAGGAAGAACACUGAUGCUCUCAUAAACUCCUGGGUUUUCUUCCGCUAUAUGGUCAUUGGUUCUUACGUGGGCAUUGCAACUGUCGGUAUAUUUAUAGUGUGGUACACCCAGGCUUCUUUCCUUGGUAUUAAUAUUGUGAGUGAUGGCCACACGCUUGUUGAACUAUCACAGCUUCGCAACUGGGGUGAAUGCUCAACAUGGACAAAUUUUACCGUGAGUCCAUUCAAGGCUGGUAAUCGCCUGAUUACCUUUUCUGACCCUUGUGAGUAUUUUACUGUUGGUAAAGUGAAGGCCAUGACACUGUCACUCUCUGUCCUGGUGGCAAUUGAGAUGUUUAAUUCUCUCAAUGCCCUAUCUGAAGACAACAGCUUGAUCAAAAUGCCACCUUGGAGAAAUCCUUGGCUUCUUGUUGCAAUGUCACUCUCGUUUGCCCUACAUAGCGUGAUACUCUAUGUUCCUUUCCUAGCAGAUAUAUUUGGUAUUGUCCCACUAAGCCUUUAUGAAUGGCUUCUAGUCAUCUUGCUUUCUGCACCUGUUAUUCUUAUUGAUGAAGUCCUCAAGUUUGUCGGCAGGAGAAGAAGAAGAACUAAACUAAAAGCUGCAUAAUGUAUUCUUCUAGGAUAUGCUCGAUUUUACUAUUGAUUAAAAGGAGGUUUGAUUAAAUGUAUAUUGUUCAGAAAUGAAAAAUCUAUUUCGGGUUAUAGUUUUUGAGGAACUUGGAGGCUAGCUAUAUAGCUUUUGAUCACAUGCCUUGGAAGGCUGCUUGUUAACAUAAAAUCCAAGGUUCCUGAAGCAAAACCUGUUGUUUUUUUCCCCGAUCCUUUCUAGGAGGGGUUUCAUGUAUUAUAAGUUCUAGUUUGUAUUAUUCAUUUAUUGAAUCUGCUAUCUUACCGUAGAUUUUGAUGAACUUAAAACACACCUUUUUCUAAA